CAAAACUUUUGUAACUUUAUUUUAUUUUGCUAUAGGUGGCAAAAUAAUGUAUGUAUCUGCUUAAUUAAUUUAGGCAACACAAACAGCAGGUAAAAUGGAUAAUUUGUCUAUUCGUUACGUGAUUCCGGACGUGAUAACACGUUGAAAGAUAGAAUGGGACCCUCGAAUGGGUCGAGUUUAUAUGACGAAGAAGCAGGACUUUCAGUUUCUUUUAGGCGUUCGCGAGUGGAACGUCGUGAGUGUAACGGUCACGCUGGCACGCGCGUGAAAGUUUUGUAUUCCGAGCGCCCAGCCUCCUCUAUGCACAAAGUUUAUUGACGCAGGAAGAAGAUUGAAACAGAUACUUAAAAGCGUAUGUAGAUUUUCGAAAGCAAUGAAUAAUUUAAAAUUCAAUUUUUAUUCAAUGAUUUUAUAAUUACUAUUACAAUUGUAAUUCUCAGUUAGUUACUUUUUUAUACAUCUUCUACUUUAUAUCAACAUACAUAUUCUUCUUCCUAGUUGUUCUUAGUUUCUCAGGUAGAGAAUAGUUUGUACUGUAAAUCUUUGUGUGAUAAUGAUGUAAUAUAUCGAAUAGUACGCAGUGAAGUAAAUAGUUAAUAACUAAGAUAAUCCUUAAAUAGUUAGAUAAGCGGAGUAUGCAAAUAUACAUAUGUAUGUAUCGGAAGAAUGUAUGGUUAAGAGCAGGGGUGGACUGGGACGUAAAUUUUUACCGGGACAUUAACGACAUGACCGGCCAUCCAUUCUUAGUUCAUUGAUUAAAUUUUACGUAUAACGGCCCCAAAAACCCGACCGGCCCACCGGGAAUUACCCCAAACUGCUCGAUGGCUAAUCCGUCCCUGGUUGAGAGUGCAUGGCAAAUAACAAUAACAAUUACUGUAAAUCGAGUAUCAUUUUUUAUGAAAAUUAUUUGUGUCUUACAACGUUGCAACAUUUUACUCAUAGAGAUUUAACUUAUUCUAAACUGUAUGUGUGUACAUAUUUUAAAGAAACACGAAUAUAUAGAUAAUGAAUCUUCAUAAUAGAAUCACCGUGUAAAUUAAUCGAUUUGAUCAUAGAAUGUAUUAAUCAAUAUGAUCGAAUGGUUUAUAUUACUAUGUUUUAACAACAAAUCGUACUUAAUCGUAUAUCAUAAGAAUACCUGCAGUAUUACACUUGCGAUGAUGUUACUAUUAUGUGAUAUGUUGUUUCAACUACUUAGCUCCUCUUGUUUAGUAAUUUACUUUUGUUUUCAAUUACGAUAGUUCAACUUGAUAGGAUAGGGUUCUAUGGCGAUAUACGAAUGAUCUUUUUCUUUUAAAUAUUUAGUCAAUUGAUAAUUUAUGACAAUUGCAAUUUAAGUGCGUAUAUCACCCUAUCAACUAAAAAUCAAAGAUACCAUGAAUUUUAAUAAUAUAGCAAGAUAACGAAACAACGAUUUAAUUAAUAGAAGGUGAAGUAAAAUUUGUAUUGCAAACAAAAAUUUGCGAAGAAUUCUACAAGUACGCGAUACUCUGUGACGAGAAUUGCGAAAUGGAGUGAGUUUCAACAGAAUGGCCAUAUGUUAGAGUCGAAGGAUGAAGGUAUAAGAACAUGAAACGAUCAAUGGUCCACGAGUCAUCGUGCCGUGGAGCCGUGGGUCGAAAAGUCAGGGCCUGUUCAGAGUCAAUUUUUCUUAACCAAUGAACGCGUCCUCUGAAGGAAUUUUAGUUGUUCAUUUUCAUAAACCAUUGAUUUUCGCUCAUUUCUACAUUAAAAAUUUCAAUGUAUCAUAAUAUCUCAUAGUAUUAGAACUUGAUUAAUAUUUUAAGCAUUUUUAAACAAUAAUCUAAUCAUGGAACGAAUUGUGAAAAAAAAAAUGAAACAAAUCAUGGAACAACUUGAUAACAAGUUACUCGAUUUUAUUGGUUAUCCCUCUGAAGGUUAAUUAUGAAUAUUCUCAAAAUUAUAUCGCGUCUUUUUUUAGUUAUAAAAAGCAUCUUGUGCGAUGACAUCUAUUUCAUUGAUAGUUUGAAUAAUUUAGGCUCUUUUUACGAUAAUUAAAUUUAGUAAAAAAAGAAUAUAGAAAAUAAUGAACAUCUCAGUCAGAUGGAAACUAAAUCACGUGUAUCUUUUUGGGUAAUGCAUCGCACGUUGACUACCGAAGCACGUACACACAUGGACCAGUAAAACUGACGUAAUCCUUUGAUUCUUCGCUGAAUAUGCAGGUACACUCAUUGCCAUGGAACAAUUGUUAUUUUUGUACUUUCUCCAGCGAAAAGAAAAGCUAUAGGUAUUACCCUCUGGCUAUUUAGCCGAUUCCAACGGCCAAAGUUCGUAUAUCCGUUCAAUGAUACGAAACAUAAAUCUGCAUAUAUGAAAGUUGUGGUUUGCCCGGGGCUAUUUUGCCUUUCUUGUACCACCGAAAGAAAAUUUUUAUCGUAUGAUCGUCUUCUACUAUAUUGUUAACCAGUAAUCUUAAACUUUUAUUUCAUAUUUUACAAUCAUACAAUACACACAAUAAUACUAUGUUAAUAUUUAUAAAUUUCUCACUUAUCGCUAAUUAUUGCAUUAUUUGCAUUCUAUAAAUUGCAAAAAAUAGUUACUUUGUAAAAAAACAAGUAAGAUAGACAGAAAGACGGAAGAUCAAUUGAUUAUAAAUUCUAUACAGCACUUUCGAUGUCGUCAAAGUAAAUAGAGAAAAUCUUUUUUUUCGAAUAUUUACAUGCUUAAUUUAUUAUUUCCUGCGAGUUUGUUGAUUUUAUUGUGUAAGAACCGUAAUCUAGCAUAUACGGCGUUUGAAAAAGAAAGUGUGUUUCGAUUAAUUCCUUUUUGUACAUACUUGUAUUUCUGAGGAUCUGUUAGUCAAUUAAAAGAACAAGUUCGGUCCUCUCAAGCGUAGAUAUGUAGCGUAACAGAGUGAAGUAGCGGGUAUUUAUUUUCAAGCUGUGGGGCGGUACGUUUUCAUACGACGGUCCUGAAUGAGUACGAGUGAAAGUUCGUGAGUUAAAUAUUUUUUGUAACUUCGUUUUGCAGAUCGCUCAUACGUAUGUACGAGCUUCCUAUAAGAUAAGUUACAGCACGCUAUGUUCGCUUCUUAAUGAGGAAUAAAGCGUAUAUAGUUAUUUAUAUAUCGUAAGCGCACAAAAAUUAAUCGUAGAAUUGAGAAAAGGAACAAAAAAAAAAAAAAAAAAAAAGAAAAAAGAAAGAAAAAAUGGAGAAAGCGCACAUAUUGUUAAAUGAAUAGAAAAAUGACCGUAAUGGUUUAAACUACAAUUUGAGCCAAAAAAAAAAAAAUUACAAUUUGAGUUCAAAUCGAGAUUUGAGAAGAAUAAAUUCACAAUCGAACAUUUAAUGAUUACUUAAUUAAAUGACCCUAAUCUAAUAAACGUUUAUACGUUUUUCUUUAUUUCAACUUUAUCCCUUCUCUUUUUGAACAUGCAAACUAAUUGAUAUUUACCGAAUUAGGUAGGUUUGUAGGUUUAAUACAAAACUUUUCCGAUUAUGCAAUGUAUCUAAGAAAUAUUAAGUUUCUGACUGGAGCUGCAUUCUUCUCCAAACACAGGACUUUUGUAACGUCAAUCGACAUUCUAGGGUGCACCGUGUAAUACCUGAACACCGGGCAGUGAGUUAUAGUGACGUGAAAGUUUCCGACUGGAAGAAGCGGAAUGCGGAGUGCUGGGCGCUACGGUGUGUACACUGAUCCAUGGUACUAGCACAGACGAGUACUCGUCUGUGGUACACUAGAUUCAGUGAGUAUCAAGAAGAAGGCAAAGAAUGAUGCUGAAAUAUUAAUGAUAAUGGAGGAACUUAAGAAUGAAAACGCGUGGCUAUUAGCCCGCGGGCGAUUAUUCUAAAAAAGCAUGCAACGGUGGUUACUGGCCCUAGAUGAACCUGCAUCUAAUCCAUGCGGUAACACCGUCAUCAGCCACGAACCAUCCGGGUGGUACUAGGUUGGAUCGUAACAGGGGAUGCUGGAACGCGGGAAGUUUUGUUCCAGUGCCGCAAUCGCAACGGCCUUGGCAGUUUCAGGUGGGAACCAAACUAGCUCUGACAGUGAAACUACUAAAUUGUCUUUAUAUGCGGCGAAUGAGCGAUUCACUUGCAAUCCUGACAAUCUGUACGCGGUACCACGAAUUGGUUUACAUGAGAUAGAAUGGAUAGAGGCUGACUCGCUAGAGGCUGAUGUUUCAAGAUUCGUAGCCGGUUCGUCAACAGUAACAACGACCACAACGCGAAAUAAUCUAAAAAAAUGUUGCCGAACUUCGACCAGUUCCGGUUACUCCAGCCAUUCUCCGCCAUUGUCGGCUGGUUCAUAUUCUUGUUACACAUCAGCAGUCUCCGGUCAGAGUCUUUUUCGAGGAAUACCUUUAACAAUGAAGGAUCAAUUCAGCGGAGGUCUUGCUGUAAUUCACGAGAGCGAGUCGAUUCCACGUCCUAUUUGGCCGACUGCAUUUCCCAAUCCGCGCGAACUCUAUCAGAGCGAAGAAAAUCCCGAAUAUGAUACUUUGUACACAUGUUACGGAUGCAGUUGCGCAUAUACCUAUUCAUAUUGCGAUUGGGAUUAUGAAAAAUCUGCAAGUAUAUCAGCACACGAUGUCCUCCUUGAAUUAUCUCAAACACUAAACUCUGUGAUAGAAGGCAAAAAUGCUAUGACACCAGAAGAGAUCUUGCACAAUAUCUCGUAUAAGGUGGCCCAAGGAAUUGGUUUGAAAGGAGGACUUUAUGAGUACGUUUACCAUAAUUCCUCUUUUUUACCAAGCAAACGAUCGUUCUUAAACGACAAGAAUUCGUGUCUAUUAAGUAGCAAUAAAAAUUCGUCGUCGAAAAUCAAUCCAGUAAACUCAAAACUUUACGAUAAUACACGACACCUUUAUCUGCACAAUCCAUGGUACACUUGCUUAUGCACUUGUGAACAUACUCACAGAUUUUUGUCGUCUUCUAAAAAUGACAAACAAACCAAGACGCACGAUGGAUCAGAAAACAAAGAAAAUCCACCGGUUAUACUUUUCAUGGAUAAUCAUUGUCAAAGAACAAAUUCAGAAUUAACACUGCAGAACAAUAAAAACACAUUUGAGUCGCACGUUUGCAAAUGCUUAAAUCGUUCAAUUGCUCUCGAUAAAAAAACGAAAAACAUAUAUUUGAACCGUUGUAUUAGAAGUGAUACGAAAGAGGCGAUCAAUAUUAAUGAAGAAAACAAACAGGACCGGGAUAAAGUUAUUUCUAAGGAACCAGAAUACUCUAUGCAGUUGGAGUGCAGUGACGGUGAUUCAUUCAACAAAGAUUAUCUCAAUUAUUUACUUGCUCGAUUAUUUUGAGUAAUAGAAAGAAAAAUACAUUUGUUUGACUUAAGAUUUUAUUCUAAAUUGGCUUAAAAUGGUAUGUAUACCAUGUGUAGCUAUACCAAUAUUACUCAUUAUAUGGAGAUUCUUGAUACAGCCAUUAUUUAUAAAAUGGUGGCAGUUCAGAAACAAACAAAUAGAAUUAACAAAUAAUGAACAACCCCCGCAACUUGUAAAGGAAUGUAAAAAUGGAG